AAACGUAAUGAGAAAUGUAAUGGCAGACUGAGUUAAUUGGGAUUUGUUUAUAAACAGACGCAAAGAUAAGGGGGAAAGGAACAAACCUCUCUCUCUCUCACCCUUUCCUUCAGAUUCUUCCUCGUCUUUAAAACUUUUUUCUAUCUCUUCUGGAUUCAUCUUGUUCGUUUCUGUUCCCAGUUUGGUUCUGAUUAAUCGAUCCAUGUGAAUGAUUCCAUCUGAAACGUUCUCUUGAACAUAUUCUAUUGGAAAGUGUAACUGCAAUGAACUCUGUAUCAUUCACCCUCAAAUUCCAUACAGCUCCAGGACGCUCUGACAUAAACCACUGUCGAAUAAAUUUCAAGUGUUUAGUUUCUUGUAUGCGGGUUGCAAUGCACGACUUGUGGAUGCCUGUCACUGAUACAUAGUUCUAGUUUUGAAUUUGUUUCACUAGAGAUAGAGGUAGUAUUGUUAUUGCAAGGGUUUGGUAGAGGAGAUUUUCCAGAUUAAGUAGGGAUUUGGAAACUGUCACUUCACAAGUUCCAACAAGGUAUCCACCACCCUUAGGGGACCACAACUUUUUAUUUGAUAAAGUCCUUUGAGCAUUGGCUAUGGGUCUACCACAGACUGCUUCAAGUGACCAAUCCCAUGAAGCUUCGUCUGCUCCAAGCUCCAGCCUUUCGCAAAGUCUUCCUUUGUAUGCCACUUCCCAUGAUUCAGAUGGCCUUAACAGAGGAAACGAAGAAGGCAUUUGCUCUUCCAUUGGAGAAUUUGAUAGGAAAACAUCAUUGGAGCCUCUGGAGUUCACUGAUGAUCAUCAUAGAUUCCAUGUUACCUCAUCUAGUAGUGGUCAUGGAUCCACUAGCUAUGCUGCGGAUAAGGUUAGUUCGAGUCUAACUGGAGCUAGAAGGAUAGUUGGUUUUGCAUCAAGCGAAACCAGCUCACUGGAAAAGGAAGCUGUUGAUCACUCUCUAUCAUCCACUGUUGGAGUAACAGGAGCAGAUAUUGGUGGAGCUUUGGUCAGGAAACGAGUACUCUCCCCUCUUAAUACUCUCUUCCCUGUAAAAUUCAGAGGUGACCUGCUUGAUAUCAGCAGUAUCAACCACCAAAAAAUUACUUAUUCUGGUCUCUCUAGUGGACUCUCCGGUUCUGUCGCACAAGAUCACACAAAGGUUAACCUCGCUGGAAGGUUGCAUCUCUCCACCACUCCUACGGCCACAUCUACUCACUGGGAAUGGAAGAACGCCUCGAACAGUAGCAGACUCUCCUCCAUGGUCUUCACUGACGGUCCAUUGCUUGACUCUGCAGACCUCCACCGACCCACAAAAGGUGAGGUUUGCUUAUAUUCACCAGUAUAUGAAACCUCUGGUACAUCCAAUAGGACCUCACCUUGUGAUAAGGAUAUAUCCGCCUCUCCACCGCUCUCUCUCUCACCGCUUGGUCCCAAGUUUUCUGAGAGAAUCAAAGCUGGCCAAAACGGGAAGAUAGUGGAAGAGUUGAGGAAUAUCAGUGAAGAAGCAGAACUAAGAAUUGACCGUAGAUUGUUUGAUGAUGCGUAUGCUCUAAGGAGAGCAUUUUCAAUGGAGAGAGGUGUUGAACCAACUCCUUCAUCUCCAUGCAGAAGGUUCACUAGAAGCUUGAGUGGACGUCCCAUUCAGAGGUCAUUGGUUGGUUCUUUCGAGGAGUCAUUAUUGACAGGAAGAUUGUCAUGCGGGACUACAAAUCAGAAGAUUGACGGUUUUCUUGCGGUUCUUAGUAUAGCUGGGGGAGACAUAUCUCCGAAAUCACAGAAGCUUCCGUUCUCAGUAACCAGUGUAGGUGAUGAUUGCGUCUUACUGUAUUAUGCCUCCAUAGAUCUUGGUGGAGGAUCUAAAUCGAACAAGUUCUGGAGCCAGAAGUUGAAAACAAGUCCAGUCAGCUUUGAUGCUCAGAGCUCCUCCAAGAGCCAACUGCGGAUCCCCAUGAAGGGUCGGAUUCAACUGGUUCUUAGUAAUCCUGAGAAAACACCUCUUCACACGUUCCUCUGUAACUAUGACUUAACUGAUAUGCCGGCCGGAACAAAGACUUUCUUGCGCCAAAAGGUUACCCUGGGAUCAUCUAAUCCAACCAGUGAAGCAACGCAAGAGAACACUAGUAAAGUCAAAAGCUAUGUAAAAGAGAACAAAACAGAAUGUGAAGGAGAUGAGAAACUUGAUGAGUUACACGAACGUGAGAAAAGAUGUUCAAAAUCUUCCAAAGAAUGUAAUGGUGGUUCUGGUGCUCUACGGUACGCUCUUCACCUGAGGUUUAUUUGCCCAUCACCCAAGAAAGCUUCAAAGAAACCUGAUAAUGACGACACCACGGGGGGGCAAAAGAAAAGCUUGGAUUCAGAUGGGAAGAGGAGAUUCUAUCUGUACAACGACUUGAGAGUCGUGUUUCCUCAACGCCACACAGAUUCAGAUGAAGGAAAGUUGAAUGUGGAGUACCAUUACCCAGAAAACCCAAGAUACUUCAACAUCACAGACUAAGUUUUCAAUGGUUGUAUUUCGUUUUCUUGUUUAAGAAGAAAUCAAUGGGCUUAUUUGUACAUAACCCCAUGGCUUUGACACAACGUUGUACAGAUUCAGGCCUUACAUUAACUAUUACUUUUGUCUUUU